AUGACUUUUCUCAAACUUGCAAUUCAAGUACUUCGCAUACCAUUUUUGUUCUUCAUUGCAUUUCGUGCCUUCAUCAUCCCGAAAUUCAUUUUUCUUGAAACUGGAUCGUAUGUUGCUACAGGACUCUUUUCGGCUUUUCAUCUUACAAUUCUCUGGAUUCAUAUGAACCCGAAAUCCCUGAAGUCUUUGUACUACGCAUACAUUGCAUUAACUGUGCUCAUGUUGACGGGAUGGUUCGAUUUCGUUUUCAGAAAACAUUGUUUCCUCAAAAAGUACGGAUUCCUCGUUGCCAUGGGAAUAGCUGGAAAUGUUCCGAACUCUCGCGAAGUCACAAUGAUUAUUGAAUUGGAUAUGCUUAGUUUGACUUUAACCCUUGUCCUGUUGUACCUGCAACUGAAGAAAAGUGUAGCUGAAGAGUUCGUGUUCCCCAAGCAACCAAAAAAGUCAAUCCGAGGACCAGUCUGCUUCACCAACACGCUCACAGAGGAUAAUGAAGGAUACUUCGAAAACAUCUAUGGAGAUCUAAUUUUUACAUCCAGAACCUCCAAUACUUUCUCCAUUUGA